AUGAAGGAUUUAAUUGUCCGCCCUAUUCAGCGAAUACCUCGAUAUGAAUUGCUAAUUCAGCGCUUACUGGACAAUACCCCACAAGAUCACCCGGACCAUCCACUGCUGCAGCAGGCCUGCAAGGUGAUGCAUGACUUGGCUGUGAAGAUUGGCACGGUCAGCGAGACUCAGCACGGGGAAGAUAUGUUGGAGACACUGAAGAAGUUGGAGCUUCUGUUGAUUACAGAUCUUGCUGUCCCAGACAGAGCAUAUAUUCGCCACGAUAUGGUUCAAACACUU